AAAGCAAAAAAGGCCAAAAAAAAAAAAAAAAAGAAGAAGCUCCGAACUGGAGAGAGAGAAGAAACCGGAGGAAGGGAAAAACUUCAAGAAUUUCCAAUCGCGUUUAUUUAUUUAAUUUCUGGUAACAGUAAUUAUAGAAUUUCCAUUUUUCCUAUUUAUUGCAAUACUUGGCGAAGAUGCGAGAAAUUGCAGGUGCCGGUUGAGUUCUCUUUCCUUUUAGUUCAUUACUAUUGUCUCUGUAUUUGAGUUCACGUUUUUAGAAGGAGAACUACACGAUCGAUCGAUCGAUUUCGGGAUCCAUUAUAUUAUUUCUAAAGGACCCCAAUUGUUUUGUGAGUUGUCCUGCGGACCCAUAGUUUACCUAGGUCGUUCACGGUGUCUAUUCGAGGCUAAACCGUGUAUGGUGCUUCUCAUAUUAUUUUCUCGUGGAAAUUGAAGAAUUCUCGUUGCAGCUUUGAUUGGAGUGAUACGUAAUUGGGAUGAGAUUUAGGGGAGACUUGGAUGGAUUAUAGGGAAGGCGGUUUUCGUUCUACCUGAUCUAUCAUCUCAUUUCGGGGCUUCCGGUUGAGAAUUGGAUGCACUGGGACAGGCGAUUGUCCUGGAUUGUUGGUUUUCAUCAUUUGGAUAUUGAAUCGAUGCAAGGAAGCAGUUUGAAUGCAUGGUUGUUCGCAUUCAGAAUAGUUCCCUUCACAAAGAGUGAUUGGUGAUAAACUGUUUUGGAUUCUUCUGGAGGUUGCGUCGUUUCUAUUCCAAAUAGAUUAGGCGACGGAAUUGGUAUUUAAAAUCAAUAUUGAUCCUUCUCAGGAUUUUGGUGUCCACAAAGGGGUUGUUUUCUGCGGCAGCUUGUGGUAUUUCUAGGUCGUUUCCUUUUGGAACGCAAGUAGACAUAGGUUCUGUUUCUACGAUUUUAUCCGGUCCUGGUGGUGGAAGAGUUAUCAGAGCAUUGAAUUGGGUGCUUUCAUGGGUGUUUCGAUCUACGUAUUUGUACAGGAAGCCUCGCGGGUCUCAGUUGGGGCUGCAGUUCUUGUAUUUAGAUUUGACUUCUAAUUUGUGACGGACAUAAUUACUCUGAGUUUUAAUCAUCCCGUUCUUGGAUCUGAAUUUCUCUUUGGAGUUCAGCGUUUGAUGUGGGGCUUUUUGCGCUAUGGAUUGGAGCAUCAGAAACUCUGCACCAUGUGGACGAUUUAGCUUCAGCCGUGUCAAAUGAACAUUUCAUGAUGAAUGGGGCUGGAAGGGUUGUUCGUCAAUGGACACCCCCGAUAAAAGGUUCUCCGAGUUAGUUGACAUAUUUAAAGCCUGGAUCCCUCGGAGGACCGAGCCAGCUAAUGUGUCGAGGGACUUUUGGAUGCCCGACCAUAGCUGUAGGGUAUGCUACGAGUGUGACUCUCAAUUCACUAUCUUCAACCGUAAACAUCAUUGUCGCCUCUGUGGAAGAGUUUUCUGUUCAAAGUGCACGACAAACUCAGUUCCUGCCCCUUCUGAUGAACAAAAGACACCCAGGGAGGAGUGGGAGAGGAUCCGGGUCUGUAAUUAUUGCUUCAAACAAUGGGAACAAGGGAUAGUAGCUGUCAAUAAUGGGGUCCAAACAUCCAGUCCCUGUCUCAGUCCUUCACCUUCAGCAACAAGUUUGGCCAGCCCCAAAUCUAGUGCAACUGGGAACAGCAGCAAUAGCACUGUUGUUUCGAUGCCAUACUCAACUGGACCUUAUCAACUGGUGCCAUACAGUUCGGGUCUCAGCCCUCUCAGCCCACGUCAAUCAUCUCAAAUUGAACAUUGUAUAGACAAGCAAGACAUAGUAGCACCUGAAAGGAGCAUGGAUCCUGUUGCGGAAAAUGGGGAUCAAUCUCCCAAUCAAGAUGUAUUUUGUAUGAACAGGAGUGAUGACGACGAUGAUGAAUAUGGCGUUUAUCGAUCUGAUUCUGAAACCCGGCAUUUUCCUCAGGCUGAUGAUUUUUGUGGUCCAGUUGAGUUUGAUGAGAUUGACAGUAUAUAUGGGUCACAUAAAGUGCAUCCUGAUGCAGAAAAUACAAAGGGUAUGAGCAGCUCUUUGAUACAUGAUAGCUUAGAUUCACAAAGGUUAGACGGAAUGGAAAAACUGGGGGAAGAAGCAAAGGGACAUGAUCAUUGUGAUACAGAGACAGAGCCAGUAGAUUUUGAGAAUAAUGGGCUGCUCUGGCUCCUUCCAGAGCCAGAAGAUGAAGAGGAUGAGAGGGAAGAUGUGCAAUUUGAUGAUGAUAAUGACGAUGAUGAUAAUGCUGCUACAGGAGAAUGGGGUUAUUUACGUUCUUCAAGCAGUUUUGGCGGUGGAGAGUACCGCACUAGGGACCGAUCAUGCGAAGAGCACCGGAAGGCAAUGAAGAAUGUGGUUGAUGGGCAUUUUAGGGCUUUGGUUGGUCAACUUUUGCAGGUCGAAAAUCUACCUGUUGGUGAGGAAGAUGACAAUGAGAGUUGGUUGGAGAUAAUUACAUCCUUGUCCUGGGAGGCUGCAACAUUCCUCAAGCCAGAUACAAGCAAGGGGGGAGGAAUGGAUCCUGGUGGAUAUGUGAAGGUCAAAUGCAUAGCUUGUGGGCGUCGCAGUGAAAGUAUGGUGGUCAAAGGAGUUGUUUGUAAGAAAAAUGUGGCACAUCGGAGAAUGGGAUCAAAAUUUGAGAAGCCACGUUUUCUAAUCCUUGGAGGAGCUCUUGAGUACCAGCGGGUUUCGAAUCUCCUCUCAAGUUUUGACACUCUUUUGCAGCAGGAAAUGGACCACUUGAAGAUGGCAGUUGCAAAGAUAGAUGCUCACCACCCUAAUGUCCUUUUAGUAGAGAAGUCAGUCUCCCGUUUUGCUCAAGAGUACCUUCUUGCCAAAGACAUAUCACUUGUUCUCAAUAUUAAGAGGCCGCUGUUAGAGCGUAUAGCCCGUUGCACAGGUGCACAAAUUGUCCCUUCGAUUGAUCAUCUCUCCUCGCAGAAGCUGGGUUAUUGUGAUACAUUCCAUGUGGAGAAGUUACUUGAAGAGCAUGGAAGUGCCGGACAGGGUGGGAAGAAAUUGGUGAAGACAUUAAUGUUCUUUGAAGGCUGUCCAAAGCCAUUGGGUUGUACUAUUUUGCUCAAGGGUGCUAACGGGAAUGAGUUGAAGAAAGUGAAGCAUGUAGUCCAGUAUGGUAUCUUUGCUGCAUAUCACUUGGCCUUAGAGACAUCUUUUCUUGCUGAUGAAGGUGCUUCUCUGCCAGAACUUCCACUGAAAUCACCAAUAACUGUUGCACUUCCCGACAAGCCAUCCAAUAUAGAUAGGUCCAUUUCCACAAUACCAGGUUUCAUGGUUCCUUCUGCCGGUCGGUUUGAGGAACCUCAACCUACUAAUGAAUUACAAAGAUCUGACAGGGUCCCAUCGUCAGGUCUAACUCCACCAAACUCCAACGUCUCCAUUAGCAAAACUGAAAAGGAAAAGGCCCUAUUUUCUUGUUCGCCUGAAGGCCCCAACUCCCAUUAUACAGGACCUGCUAGUGCCAUCAACUCUGUUGUUUCUGUCCCUUCCUUGUCCCCUUCAGGACAGAGCCAAACCAAGCCUUCCCUAAAUCAUGCACUAGAGAAUAGAACGGAAGUUGGGAUGGAAGAAACUUUUGAGGCCAAAGCUUCAUCAGCCAACAGAGGCCAAGUUGUUGUGAAUGAUAAUCUUGUUACUAGUGGUUUUGGAGCUCUGGAGUCCUUGGGGAAAGGUGGGAUUGUAGUUAAUGAUACUGUUAUUCAUCAUGACACCAUGGUUGGGAAUCAACCUGGUGCUUCAAGGUUGGCAUCGUUGCAUCGAGAUGGCCUUGAGGAGCAGGUAUCUUCUAAGGAAGAGUUUCCUCCAUCCCCUUCUGACCAUCAGAGCAUUUUGGUCUCUUUAUCAACCCGGUGUGUGUGGAAGGGGACUGUUUGUGAACGAGCCCAUCUCUUCCGUAUCAAGUACUAUGGUAGCUUUGACAAGCCUUUGGGGCGUUUUUUACGAGAUCAUUUAUUUGAUCAGAGUUACUGCUGCCGUUUAUGUGAGAUGCCAUCAGAAGCACAUGUCCAUUGUUAUACUCAUCGACAAGGCAGCCUCACGAUUUCUGUUAAGAAGCUCCCAGAGUUAUCUUUGCCAGGGGAACGAGAAGGCAAGAUCUGGAUGUGGCACAGGUGCCUCCGGUGUCCGAGGACCAACGGUUUUCCUCCGGCAACUCGGAGAGUAGUGAUGUCUGAUGCUGCUUGGGGUCUAUCCUUUGGGAAAUUUUUGGAACUUAGUUUUUCCAACCAUGCUGCUGCAAGCAGGGUGGCUAGCUGUGGUCAUUCUCUGCACAGAGAUUGUCUCCGGUUCUAUGGGUACGGGAGAAUGGUCGCUUGCUUUCGUUACGCUUCGAUUGAUGUUCAUUCUGUCUACCUUCCACCCCCAAAACUUGAUUUUAACUGUGAAAAUCAGGAGUGGAUACAGAAAGAAGCAAAUGAGGUGGUUGAUAGGGCAGAACUUCUAUUUACUGAAGUACUCAAUGCUCUUUGUCAGAUUGCAGAGAAACGUUCAGGUGCUGGGUCAGUUAGCAACAACUUGAAAGCACCUGAAUCAAGACGCUGCAUUUCUGAACUAGAGGGAAUGUUACGAAAGGAGAAGGCAGAAUUUGAGGAAUCUCUCCAGAAAGCACUAAAUAGGGAGCCUAAAAAAGGCCAACCUGUAAUUAAUAUUCUUGAGAUCAAUUGGUUGCGGAGGCAGUUGCUAUUUUAUUCUUAUGUCUGGGACCACCGCCUGAUAUAUGCGUCCAGGUUAGACAACAGCAGCAAUCAGGAAGGGUUGAACAGCUCCACGCAAAAACAGAAGGAGAAGCAUUCAAGUAAUACCGAGAAGCUUGUCGAAAUGAAUUUGUCUCCUAGGCCAGAUGGUGGUUUUACAAGUAUUGAUUCGCUUGCAGAUGUGGGGCCUGAUGAAAGCCUUGGUAAAGGAGGUGAAAUUGGUGAGGUCCCUAACCAGCCUGGCCUAGUUCCUCAAUCAAAUGACAUUGAUCAGGAUCCAAAUCACAAGAUGGGGAACUUGGUUCACAUUUCUGCUAUCAGUAAUCUUGGUAAUCAAUCUGAUCCUUUGGAAUCUGGAGUAGUUGUUCGAAGGGCUCUUUCAGAAGGGCAUGUCCCUCUCAUGGUAAAUUUGUCAGACACCCUUGAUGCGGCAUGGACAGGUGAAAGUCAUUCUGGAAGUAUCACUCCGAAGGAGAAUGGCUAUGCAUUUUCAGAUGCAGCUAUCGCAGAUUUGUCAGUUGUGGUAGAUACCGGAUCAACAAGGUCUGCUUUGGAAGAGCAAUUGGAAGACCAGGGUGGGGUUGAGCUAACCCGAUCUAUUGAGCAUGCAUUAACUAUCAAGAGUCCUGACACUAUGGAAGACUCUACAAGCUGGAUAGGGAUGCCUUUUUUGAACUUCUACCGAUCUUUUAACAAGAACUCCUCUGGGAGUGCUCCAAAGCUUGAUACUGUUAGCGAGUAUAAUCCUGUCUAUAUCUCAUCUUUCCGGGAGUUGGAGCGUCAAGAUGGGGCCAGGCUGCUUCUGCCUGUGGGUGUCAACGACACUGUUGUGCCAGUUUAUGAUGAUGAACCCACAAGUAUUAUCGCAUAUGCUCUGGUCUCACCUGAUUACCAUCUCCAGAUAUCCAAUGACUGGGAAAGACCAACUGAUGGUGGAGAGUCUUCAGUUUCACUACCAGUUUUUGAUUCGGUAAAUCUUCACUCACUUCAUUCCUUUGAUGAGACGCCCACUGAAUAUUUAAGAAGCCUUCGGUCUACAGAUGAUAGCAUCUUAUCCAUGUCAGGCUCUCGCAGUUCCUUGGCUUUGGACCCACUCUUGUAUACAAAGGCAUUGCAUGUCAGGGUUUCUUUCACCGACGAUGGUCCUCUUGGAAGGGUGAAGUAUACUGUGACUUGUUACUAUGCAAAGAGGUUUGAGGCCUUGAGGAGGAUAUGCUGUCCAUCUGAGUUGGACUUCAUAAGGUCUCUCAGUCAUUGUAAGAAAUGGGGGGCCCAGGGAGGAAAGAGCAAUGUAUUCUUUGCAAAAACCUUGGAUGAUAGGUUUAUCAUCAAACAGGUUACAAAGACAGAGCUGGAAUCUUUCAUCAAGUUUGCUCCAGAAUAUUUCAAGUACCUCUCUGAAUCGAUUGGCUCAGGGUGCCCCACUUGUCUGGCAAAGAUUCUUGGGAUUUAUCAGGUUAUGUCAAAGCACAUUAAGGGUGGGAAGGAAUCCAGGAUGGAUGUUCUAGUUAUGGAGAAUCUUCUGUUUGGCCGGAAUGUUACAAGACUCUAUGAUCUCAAAGGAUCUUCUCGGUCACGGUAUAAUCCGGAUUCUAGUGGGAGCAAUAAAGUUUUGCUGGAUCAGAAUCUGAUUGAAGCUAUGCCUACUUCUCCAAUUUUUGUGGGAAACAAGGCUAAGCGGGUGCUUGAGAGAGCUGUCUGGAAUGAUACUGCUUUUCUUGCGUCCAUUGAUGUAAUGGAUUACUCGCUACUGGUGGGGGUGGAUGAGGAGAAGAAUGAGCUUGUUCUUGGGAUCAUUGAUUUUGUGAGGCAGUACACAUGGGACAAGCAUCUGGAGACAUGGGUGAAGGCUUCGGGCAUCCUUGGUGGGCCAAAGAACUCAUCUCCAACUGUAAUAUCACCCAAGCAAUACAAGAAACGGUUCAGGAAAGCAAUGUCUGCUUAUUUCCUUAUGGUACCAGAUCAGUGGUCCUCACCAACCAUCGCUCCCAGUGGAUCCCAGUCUGACCUUGUUGAAGAUAAUACGCAAGGUGUGACCUCCAUCGACUGACUGACUGAAACAGUGGGUGGCCUGUAUAUGCGAGAGAUCUAUGCUGGGUAUCAAUACCUUUUUUUGGGGUAGUGCCCUUAUUUUAUGGGCCCUAUCCUUUUUGUUUCUUUUCACUUUUGUAAUUGGGAUGCCGGAUGGUGUCCUAAUUCUUAUUCUUAUUCUUAUUCGUAUUCCUAUAAAGGCAACAAAUAGUGUUAGAAUGGGUGGCUUCUCCGUGAAUGUACAUUGUAUAAUUGCAGCAUAUAUGAGUAUUACCCUUUUGUUCA